CAAACUGAAACAAAACAAAUGCGCAAACUCAGAACAAUUCAGUUUUGGAAGGCCUGAGCAAACUUUGGCCAAUGCCAUAAGCCACUGACCCUUUGUUCCAGGUGAAACGCAUGACUAGUCUGCGCCCUUGGCAAAAAAGGUUUCUUAGUCAGGCUGAGGAAUGAAUGUUACUUAGAUUACCUUUUUCAUUCUAGUCUCGACGAUACGAUUCCAAGACCACCAUCUUUUCCCCUGAGGGGCGGCUGUACCAGGUCGAAUAUGCCAUGGAGGCUAUUGGGCAUGCUGGGACCUGUCUCGGUAUCCUUGCCAAGGAUGGGGUGCUACUAGCCGCCGAGAGAAGGAACACCAACAAGUUGUUGGAUGAGGUCUCAUAUUCAGAAAAAAUUUACAAAUUACAGGAGGAUAUGGCAUGUAGUGUGGCAGGUAUUACAUCAGAUGCUAACGUCCUGACGAAUGAACUGAGACUUAUCGCCCAAAGGUUUAGUUUGUACUACCAGCAGCCCAUCCCUUGUGAACAGUUGGUCAGUUCUUUAUGUGAUAUCAAACAAGCCUAUACGCAGUUUGGAGGUAAACGACCAUUUGGUGUGUCAAUACUUUAUAUGGGCUGGGACAAGCAUUAUGGCUACCAGCUGUACCAGAGUGACCCGAGCGGAAACUAUGGUGGAUGGAAAGCAACCUGUAUAGGCAAUAACAGCGCUGCUGCAGUGUCCAUGCUGAAGCAAGAAUACAAAGAAAAUGAGACCACACUCGAAGAUGCUUUGAACCUCUCCAUCAAAGUCUUGAGCAAAACCUUGGACACGAACAAACUCACUUCAGAAAAAGUUGAGAUGGCGACGCUCACGCGAGAAAAUGGAGUGACGAAGAUCCAGGUGUUGCCAGCAGAAACCGUGAAUAAACUGAUUAAGGUCUAUGAGGAAGCUGAGGCAAAGGCAGAGGCCGAAAAGAAGAAGAAGGACAAAUCGUAGAGAGGCAGGAGAGUUUGCAGCAGACCGCAUAGAUUUCUGGUAUCUUCGAAUCACCUCAAAAAAUCGUUGGGACAAGAGCCAAUGACUUUAUUUGCCUUCCUUCUGUGUCUUUGGGAGCCACAACACAGUUUAGAGACUAAAAUGCACAUUUCCUUCAGGGAAUGACAGACUUUAUAAAAAGAGAUUGACAGUACAUGUACAUGAAGAUUGACUUUCUCAUCACAUGACAAAGUACAGCUAUCAUCAAAAGUGCUUUGAUCAGUUUGUUUUGCAAAACAGUCAACUUGUAUCGAGGGGUUAACUAUUCCUUCAAGGACUUUUUCUCAACCUUGCAGAAUUUAUGUGCUCAUCUGAAAGUUUCAUAAGAAAUAGAUGUGAAACCAGAUAAGAUAGUGAUCUAUUUGUAUUUGCAUUUAUUCAUGCAAUUGUCAAUAAAUCGUGAAUUUGUUUCGUAA